CGUAUGAAAGGACCGGCAGGGUGCCGUGUUCCGAUUACUCGAUCAUCGCUGUAGGAUGCAGCACCUUCGACGGUCACCGCCCACGGUCAACAUAGACGGCCAGGGAACCGCCACGGAGGAACGGUUGGAACGUGAUGACUUUGAGUCGCGUUUCCCAGAGCUCACCUUACCUUGCACGGCAGAAAGCACCGGUGGCAAUGAUUACAGCAGCGCAGCGACCUGCUGUCACGUUCUUGAACGGCUGUCCGUCUGGAAUUGCGUCCUUUGGCACGUCGGCUUGCAACUGCGUGAGCUCAUGGCACCCGGAGAACUGUCCCUGGUGCACGUCUCCCCCACAGGCUGCGGCUUCCAGCAACAACUGCACGGCCGUGACGCGCGGCUUUUCUUCUACGCCCUCUUAACACGGCACCGGUGCGUUGUGAGCGUUGACCUCGACGAAGCUCUGGUAGAAGGAAGUGGGCUCGGAGAGUGCCGAAAGCAUGUCGUCUCGGCGCUUCGGCAAAAUACGAGCCUGCAGGCACUGAGGCUCGGCAGCCUUUUCUGCAACUACAGGUUCAUCCAGGAAGACAUGCUUGCAGCGAUCACUACGUUGCCGCACUUGCAAAAGCUGGUCGUAUCGGUCAUCGGUGCUGUACCCCCUUGCCUAGUGGACGCUCUUCGCUAUCUGCUGGAAACGACGAGUCUGUCCACUCUCUCAAUUUCCGGACUCAUCUUUGACGAAGAUAUUGCGAGGCGCCUACUGGCUGCUCUUCGGCGAAACCACACAGUCGCAGACCUGUCCGUGCACAGCAGCAUUACACGGUCUCAGCUCCCGAAUGAGGUCACCGAGUUCUCCCAUUACCUCGCCACUAGCAUUCCGUUGAGCACUCUGACGAUAGAGGGGGUGCAUUCGAAUCCGGAAACGACGCGCAGCGAGCUAAGGAACAUAGUGACACCGCUAGUGGCACGCGGCACUCUCUUGAAGCUCAGGCUUUCCGGUUUUCUAUUGGACGACGACUGCGUGUACCUGCUCUCUCAACUCGUGGCUCGGAAAGGUGGGGCGCUGCAACACCUCGAUAUCUGCGGCUGCAGAUGGAGACCUGACGCGUCGACGCUGUGUCAAUACGCUGGAAUAGACUGCAACCAACUGAGUCCUGCCUCUUCAAAACAGGCCUAUGCCUCGCUUCAUGCGUUCGACGAUGUCGCACAGGUCCAACUCUCGUUCCUCUCACUUAGCCUCGCGGGCUUGACGCCAGACGACUGCAGGGCUCUCUUCGGCGCCACCGCUGUGAUUGAGUCGCUAAAAACCAUCUCAAUCAGCGACGUAGCGCUAGCUGAACUACCAGAAAUCUGCCGAGCCAUCCGGGACACCGGAAUGAUCGGUCGAGUCCGUAUAAAAGACGAAUACUUGGUCGACUCAGCGGCCAUCUGUGUUCUCUGGAACUUUCGGGAAGAAGUGUGUCACGUCGCAGUCAGUUCGCUUAACGAGUCAAGCGCGGCCAGGUUCCACGAAACUGUCCGCCUCGUGUGUUCCUGGUACCACGUGACUACGCUACGGCUUUUCCUCUCGCAGGAAGCUAUCGGCGAUAUCUCCACGAUGUGGUUAUUGUACAAAUACUUGAACGGAUAUUCCACACUGAGGGAGCUUGAAUUGGACAGGUUGCGACAAACCAGACCUGAGCGGUUGCCCUCUUGCAGACGACCAGGCCCAUAGGUUCUUUCAGGAGGCGCUAUUCGCCAGCACCACAUUACCAGCCCUGCGAGUGAGCAAGCUUCGUUUAGGCGAGGUCAACUUGUUUUUUCUGGUCACAGCGGUGUUACUCAGUGAGACGUUGUGCGAGCUCGAAUUCUCAUCUUGGGAUAGUUCUGAGAACGAUAUGUUCAUUCGUUUCCUCGCUGAUGAUAUCGAACGCAACGAAACCAUGUUGCAUUUGCAUGUUCGAAUUCUACGUACGGUGGAACGGAAGCCGAAAGAGCCAUUAUCGAACAAGUUCUCGGUCGUAACAUGGGAUUCGUCACAUGCGCAGCGCAUUUCGUGGUUAGAGACGUGAAUAUGACUCGCUGUGUGGAAGCCUUUUCGUCUGUCUACAACAGUCCUGCAUUGAUUGGCAAAGUCCGGGAGCUCGUGCCUGUAGACGAGGCCGAGGCGACGAACAUGAUUCAAACAAUGCUGCUGUAAGUGCGAGCCGUUUGAAGCAAUUCCCAGGACGUUGUAUCAUAACAAAUUUUGCGUGUAGUAAGACAAAGAGUUCGGUGAUAUACUCUGCUAUUAUACUCAUAACUGAUCAUUUAGUUGUCCUUGGCGUGUUUAGGAGUGCAUGUCCAGUGUUGUUGUCGCAACUUCUAGUAGCCCGCUGUUUUUUCAGUGAGAAAGAAGCCUCAGUAUUCUUUCCUUCUACUA